AUGGGGGCAGCUCUUGCAACUGCUAAAAAAUUUAAGAAAAAAUCAUGUCAUCUCGGUGACAACCACGGCUUGGAAUCCCAAGAAGAGGAACUCAGAAGUAACAUGUCGAUUGUACCCCUUAAUUGUUUCUUACAUCAAAAGCAAGUAAUAAUCUCCAAUUGCUCCGAGGUCUCCGGACUGAUAAACAUGGCUCUGGAAGAGACCAUGGAAGCUCUGGCAAAUCCAAACAUUAACAUGGUUGGGGUGUAUGGAUCAAGCACUUUGCGUACGAACAAUUUGAUUGAGAAAAUAUCAAGAAGAGUAAAGAGAGAUAACUUGUUUGAUGUAACUGUGAUGGCAAGUGUCACAAAAAAGCCAGACCUCAAGAGGAUUCAAGGAGAGCUUGGUAAGAUGUUAGGUUUGCAAUUUGGUGAGGAGACUGUGGUUGGAAGAGCUGAACUUCUAUGUGAUAGGAUAAAGCGAGAACAGAGGAUCCUCAUCAUCCUAAAAGAUCUAUGUGUUGCACUUAACUUGGCUAGCGUAGGAAUCCCCUUUGGAAUUGACCAUAUGGGUUGCAAAAUAGUCUUGCUAUCAGGGUCUCCAGAGCACCCUCCCUCAUUCCACCUUCCACGCAUCAAAACAUUCUUUGCAAUAACAAUUUCCAGUUAA